AUGGAGUAUAGUAUGUGGACUUGCUCUGGAAGUGCUGAGGAUGAAGACCUGCUUGCAAAUUUAGAGUCAUUGUGGAAUCAGCUGAAGAGAACUGAAAAAAACCUACAAACUGUAGAGGAAGAGCUUUCCAGCACUACUGCAAGUGAACAUCACGGCCGCUGCUUCGAUGAGGCUGCAGAUUUCACUCUGGAGGACCUUGCUCAGCCUGAUUGCAACUGUCUGGGCUUUUCCAGCUGCAAGAAGAAUGCUGAUAAAACAUCUGGCCAGGAUUUUCAAGGACAAUCUGAAUCUUACCCAGUUUUCACAACUUCUGAUAAAACUGUGGAAGAAAAUGAACAUCUUAAGGAGAAGCUGAAUGCCCUUCAUGAGCAAAAUGUAUCUUUGACUUCUCAGAACAACUACCUAAAGAACAGAGUGGAAACAAUGAACUUUGAACUGAUGGAGUCAAAAACAAGAAUUUCUUAUCUUGAAACGACUUUAGGUACACGUCUAGUCAAGAUUCCGAAGCUGAGAGAACAAAUUAUAAACUUGGAAGCGGAAGUAUCAGCUCAAGAUAAAGUUCUGAGAGAUGCAGAAGAUAAACUGGACCAAAGCCGGAGAAGAGGAAUGGAAAGAGAAGACAUGUUGCGAAGAUAUAGAAAGGACUAUAAAAAUCUGAAAAUUGAGUUAGUUGAACGAACCAAGCAAGGAAAGAGGGUAGAACAGCAAAGAAAUGAAGCUUUGUUGAACAUGGAGGAUCUAACAAGAGCUUUCAAAAAGUAUAAAGAGAAAACAACUGAAAAAUUGGAGAAGGUUAAAGCUGAAGAAGUAGUCUUGGGAAAACGAUUAACUGAUUGUGAAAGAGAAAAAGAGAAGCUAAAUGAAAAGUGUGUCAGCUACAGAAAAGAUCUAGACAUCCUAGAAGAGCAAUUAAGGCAAUUAAAGGAAGAGAAUCGUAGCACAAAAGAAGAAAUUAAGACUCUGGAGGCAAAGAACACUGAAACGGUAUCAAUGCUGGCUCGGUCUGAUCAGAAAAUCAUUGAGCUUGAGAGUGAAAUUGCUGAAAAAGAAAUAGUACUUAAAGAAAAAAGUGCUCUAAUAAGUGAAAAUGCAGAGCUGAGAGCACUUAAUGCACAGCAACAUAACCACUUGAAAUUGUGCCAGCAAGAAAUUGAAGAUUCAAAGGAAGAGCUUAACAUAUUAGAAACCAUUAUUUCACAGUUGUCUCAAAGUACAUCUGCAGAGUUUAAAUGGCACCAUGUGAAACACCAACUAUCCAGCUCCUCAAUGAAAGAAGCUCUCUUUGAAUCUUGUUGUGAAUCAAAUAAACCUUUGACUGCAGACCUAAGCAUUAAACUGGCAAUGAAAGAAGCAGAAGUUCUAAAGCCUCAUGCAAACAUAACUACUUGUACUGGAGCUGAGCACUUUUGUGAAAUUAAUGAAGGACAAGAAAAUAUCAGGUCAUGUGGUCUGGAAACAGAGCCUGUCAAAUUGAUCAGAAGUCAAGGAGAGAGGAGAAAAUGUCAACAGAUGGAACUUAUCAGCAAACAAUUUGAAAAGGAGAGGCAAAGAUUCCAGAAAGAGAUAGAAGAGUUACGCACUAAACUGACAGAAGCAGAUGAUGAGAAUUCUACUUUGAAGACCAGUAUGGCUCAGAGAGCCAGUCAGUUUCAAAUCAUACAGGAAGACCUAUUGAAGAAGGUUUCAAACACUAGUAGCUUAGAGAGAGAAGUAACACAGAAAUCUUCUCAAAUUUCCACACUUGAGAAACAGUUGAAGGAAAAGACUACUGCUUUUUCUGCUGCCACAGCAAGAAACACUGAGUUGGAACAGGAACUCAUGGGAAAAAAUAGACUCAUUCAUGAGCUGCAAACAACUCUCAGUGAAGAACAUGAGCAAUUAACUUCUGCUUUUGAAAAAUCAAAGUUGGUUCACUUUGAGCAGCAGAAAGAGAUGGAGAAACAGAUUGAACUACUUGAGACUCAGCUGGAGAAGCAGCAUCAAAAAUGCACUGAACAAGAGAAAAUAAUAUCUAUUUUGCAACAAGAUAUUAUACAUAAACAGCAUCACAUUGAAUCAUUGGAUGAGCUGCUGAUAGAAAGCAGAGAGGAAAUCGAAAAUGAAAAUGUCAAGAAACAUCAAGGAUUGAAGAUGCUGAAAAGUCAGUUAACAGCAGAAACAAACAAAGUGAGACAACUUGAGUCAGCACUAGAUGUAUGUAAGAAAGAAGUUGCACUGUAUUUGAGUCAAUCACAAGAAAAUAAGGAGAUAUUUGAAAAUCAGCUCAAAAAAAAGUCUGAAGAGGUUUGCUAUUUACAGAAAGAAAUAAAACUAAAAGAUCAGAAUAUUCAGGACACAAGGGAACAAAAUAUUCUCUUACAAGAAGCUUUGCAUCAUCAGCAGCAAAUGUUACAGCAAGAAACUAUUAGAAAUGGAGAGCUGGAAGAUAAUCAGAUGAAACUUGAAAAACAGGUGUCCAGUUUGGAACAAGAGCUUCAGAAGCAGAAGGCAUAUGCAGAAGAUGAGUUGAGAAAAGUGGAAGAGAAACUCUGCUUAGCUGCUCAGGAAGCAGAUGUAAACAGGCAGAAGGUGGAUGAACUUAAUAGAGCAAUCAGACAAAAUAAAUUGGAAAUGGAUAAGUGUAAGAAUGAACUUACUGGUAUGGAAAAAGAAGUAGUGCAGUUAAAACAAGAUAGUGAAAACAAAGCAAUGCAGAUAAACCAGUUGGGUAUUACUUUGGAAGAAGCACGAUCAGAGCUCAAUGAAAAGGAGAACAAGGUCAAUGAUUUAGAAGAUAAGCUGCUUCAGAGUGAGACUUGCCACAGGGAAGCAUUACAGAAAAUAGCAGAACUGGAAUCUGCAUUACAGAAUGCCCAUGGGGAAUUAAAAAUUGCUUUAACACAGCUUCAGGAAUUGCAAGUUACAUUACAGAAUGCAGAGUCCUCUCUGGAGGAAAAGGAUGUUGCUAUCAUGGAUCUAACAACUGAGCUUAGGUAUUGCAAGGGAGAAAUUGAAGACAAAAGCGAAGAACUUCGUGCCAUGGACCAAGCACUGAAAGAAAGGAACUGGGAACUGAAACAAAGGGCAGCUCAGAUUACACAGUUGGAUAUGACAGUUCGUCAACAUAGGGGAGAGAUGGAACAACAAAUAAUUCAUUUAGAGUGUAAUAUAGAGAAAUCAGAGCUUGAAAUUAAGGAAUGCCAUAAGCAGAUUGAGAGCUUAGAAAAGAAACUCCAGCAUUCUAAAGAUGAGCUUCGUGAAAAAGAGUUUGAGUUGCUUCAGAGAGAUCAAGAAAUAAAUCAGCUGAAGAAAAAAGUUGAAAGAAAACAGAGCCUAGAAGCUCUUGAAAAGAUAAAAAUGCAAUCUGAGAUAAACAGGCUUCCUGCAUAAGUAAGUUUAUUCAAAGAUGCUUGCCAGCUGGAGGUAAAUGCCAAAACUGGAAUGGCUCCUGCCAUUUUGAUUAUGCUGCAAUUGAUUCCUCCUGAAGAAUAA